AUGAUCCUAGGGUUCGUGACGCAGAAGACACCGGCCAACCGCGGAGUCGGGGUGGACGCGUUGAUCAUGUCUCGAUGUUUACCACACAAGAGAACGACGAUGUCGUGCCCUAGCCGCAAGCUAGCAAGCGAAGAUGUGCCGGCGAUUGUUCUUGGAUGUAUGAGACCUUCCGACUUCGAUGCGAUAUGCCCGGUUGAGAACGAUGAGGAGCGUCUCAAAGUUCUCGAUGUUUCAGCAGUUAUCUACGCCAACAGCAAAGAGUUGUUUGGUAAAUGGUGCGGGCGAGCAGUAGCACUGACGCCUGUCUUUCCAAUUGGACCAAAUGGCAAGCCUGAAUGCGUGAAAGCUGCGUGCAAGAAAUCUCUCGAGAGUCAGGAGGCUUGGAAUUGA